UUUUCAUUAUCGUCCUCGUUUCCUACAAAACAAACAUAACGGCCAACGCCCCUUCCCUUCCCUCACUUUCCCCUUCCAAUUUCCAACAUUUUUUGCGGUUGCUUCAGAGGAGAGGGGCACCAAACAGCCAUGGCCCCCGGCCGUCGUACGGACAGGAGCUUCUUACAAGAAUUACUCAUAUAUGCAGCCAGCACCGCUUUCAGUUGCCUGGUCCUUUUCGCCGGCCUCAAACAACUUAACCCAAAUCGCGAUUCCUCAAAGAAAUCCAUUGAAAACAAAAAUGCCAUCUCCAAACGGCUCGGCCGCCCCCUCAUCCACACUGACCCUUACGAGGAUGUGAUAGUGGGUGAUGUGGUGAACCCAGAUCACAUAGACGUUGAAUUUGAAUCUGUUGGUGGGUUUGAUAGAAUCAAAGAAGCUUUGUAUGAGUUGGUUAUUCUUCCUCUUAGAAGACCCGAGCUUUUUGCUCAUGGCAAGCUUUUGGGUCCCCAGAAAGGGGUGCUUUUGUACGGACCACCAGGGACAGGAAAAACCAUGCUUGCCAAAGCCAUUGCAAAAGAAUCUGGGGCUGUCUUUAUCAAUGUUAGAGUCUCAAAUUUGAUGAGUAAAUGGUUUGGCGAUGCCCAAAAACUAGUGACUGCCGUCUUUAGUUUGGCUUAUAAGCUGCAACCAGCUAUAAUAUUCAUUGAUGAAGUGGAUAGUCUUCUGGGUGAACGAAGAGCUACAGAUCAGGAUACAAUGGCUAUUAUGAAAACCGAGUUCAUGACCUUGUGGGAUGGUUUUUCCACUGAUCAGAAUGCUCGAGUUAUGGUACUUGGUGCAACUAAUCGUCCGGCAGAGCUGGACGAGGCAAUACUUAGACGUUUUUCCCAGGUUUUUGAAAUCGGAAGGCCUGACUGUGAUGAUCGAGAAAAGAUAUUGAAGGUGAUAUUGAAGAAUGAAAAUGUUGAAGAGACUAUUGACUUGUAUCACAUAGCUAGACUGUGUGAAGGUUACACUGGUUCUGAUUUGCUUGAGCUCUGUAAACAAGCAGCAUAUAUUCCUCUCAGGGAUUUCUUAAAUGAAGAAAAGGCUAACAAGACACGUCCAGGACCAAGACCAUUGUCACAAUUGGAUUUUGAGAAAGUUUUGGCUACGUCUAAAACAAGUCUUGAUGAGCACAAUGGGUAUAACUCUUGUUCAUCAACAUGAGUUGUCAAAGGGUACCGGAUCAAGCUGCGAUGGAGCGCAUCAAAUCAUGAUGUUCUUGAAUACUAACUUUGAGUUGGUGCACAUGAAUUGGCAAUAGAGUCUCCAUGCUGUUUGAGUUAUUCUAUAUUGGUGCUCGUGUUACUCGGUGAAUAUAGAUUUCAGAAAUGUACAACAGUAGGCUUUUAAACUCGAGCUUGACUUAGAAACAUUUUUCUGAAUUAUUUGUGGAGUGUGGAAAGAUUGUUCCCUAUAGCCAUAUUUGUUAUUUUACAGAAGAGAAUACAAACAGUAAAAUCUCAACU